AUGAGUGUUUCAAGCAAGGGUUGUGCUCAAGGAGAAGUCGUGGAGAAGUGGAUUAAAAUCCCCGAUGUUAAGGGGCAUUGCCUACAACAGGUUGCUAAGUUUGCGGUGGAAAAGUUCAAUGCUGAGCAUGGAGAUUGUCUUAUAUUCGAUAGCAUUUUUGAAGGUUGGUAUUUGGAACUAGGUUCAAACAACCUUAAGUAUCGUCUUCAUAUCAAGGCAAUAGACUUUCUUGGACGUUUGCUUAUCUAUGAGGCUGUUGUAUUCGAAGAGAAACCUGAUAAGGAAAGAAUCAGAAAGUUAAUAUCUUUCGUGAUCAUAUUGAAUCCUGGACAUUGUGUUGGACCUGUUGAUCCACCCAAGGUGGAUAAGUGGAUUAAAAUUCCUAAUCUUCAAGCGGCAUUUGUGAUAGAGAUAUCAAAGUUUGCGGUGCAUGAGUUCAACAUCAAAUAUAAAGAUUACCUAGUAUUUGAUAGUAUUUACGAGGGUUGGUAUAUGGAGAUGGGUCGAGAUGACCUAAAGUUUCGUCUCAAACUUAAGGCAAUCGAUUGUCUUAAACGUGUGAACAGUUAUGAGGCUGUUGUGUUCGUUAAGAACAUCCUCAGUAAGAAAAUCUUGAUUCUUGAAUCUUUUCAACUUUCCAGCCUAGUUGUUGAGAAAUGGAUUCAAAUCCCUUCCGUUAAAGAGCCAUGCGUGCAAGUGGUUGCAAAGUUUGCAGUGGAUGAGUUCAACCGUAAAUAUGGAAAUAUUCUAAAAUUCGAUAGUGUUUAUGAAGGUUGGUAUUGGGAGUUGAGCCCAAAUAGUCUAAAGUACCGUCUCCAUAUUAAAGCCAUUGACUUUUUGGACCGUUGUCUCAAUUAUGAGUUUGUGAUGUUCGAAGUGAAAUAUCAUUCUGAAAGAGUCAGAAAGCUAGAAAGUGUCGUUAUCAUAGUAAGUCCCGGACAUAAUGUUGGGCCUGUUGAUGUGCCUAAAGAAGAGAAGUGGAUUCAAAUCCCUAAUCUUUUAAUCUCACUUGUGGUCGAUGUAGCAAAGUUUGCACUCGAUCAGAUCAACAUUAAACUGGGAGAUAGCAAGAAAUUUGAUGGCGUUUACAAGGCUUGGUAUAUGGAGAUGGGACUAGACAACUUAAAGUUUCGUGUUCACUUUAAGAGCAAAGAUUGUCUGGGACGUGUGAACAGCUUUGAAGCUAUUGUGCUCGUAAAGCACUUUUUCUCUCUAAAAAUCAUGUCGCUCGAGUCUUACAAGCUUUUGUGCUCGUAA